CACAAUGCUCCUUAUUACCAGCAGCACUUCCUUAUACAACUGCAGUUAAAAUGAAGCUGCUACACGCUUGCCAGUUCCUGCUCCUUUGUUAUUUUAUCUGCAUUACAGAUUGUGCUUCAUUCAGAUUUGCAUCUUAUUAUGCCAGCCACAUGGUUUUGCAACAGAAGCCCUCACAAGCUGUUAUAUGGGGCUAUGGUGAAGUUGGAGCUGCAGUCACAGUCUCUCUUUUUAAUGGGUCUGACACCAUUUCAAAAAAGUCUGUACCCAUAAAUGAUGAUGCAGGUGUCUGGAAAGUACUGCUGGAUCCUGUUGAUCAUGGAGGGCCCUACUGGUUACUUGCCCAGCAACGUUACCAAAAAGAUAUUACUGACUUGGCAUUGCAUGACCUUUUAUUUGGUGAUGUUUGGCUUUGUAGUGGACAGAGCAAUAUGGAGAUGACUGUUUCACAGGUAUUUAAUGCUAGUGAAGAACUGGCAAAAGCUGCUGACUAUCCUACCAUUAGAUUAUUUACUGCAGCAUUAGAAGUAUCUCUAGAGGAACUUGAUGACCUUGCAAAGGUAGACUUACAAUGGUCAGCACCAACCCCUGAAAAUCUUGGAAAUGGCGAGUUUACAUAUUUUUCUGCUGUAUGCUGGCUGUUUGGUCGACAUUUGUCACGCAGACUGAAGUAUCCUAUUGGAUUAGUGGAGUCUGUAUGGGGAGGAACGCCUGUUGAGGCUUGGUCCUCGAAAAGAGCACUACAAAAAUGUGGGCUUUCUCAACAUAUGGAAUGUGCCUCUAGUAGGUCAAUGUACGCAGGGCCUUGUAACUACACGGUACUGUGGAAUGCAAUGAUACACCCUUUGCUCAAUAUGACUAUUAAAGGAGCUAUUUGGUAUCAAGGUGAGCAGAACACAGGUAUGAACACUGACUUAUAUAACUGCACAUUCCCAGCCCUCAUAGAAGACUGGAGACUAUCAUUUCAUGAAGGCACAAAUGGACAGACUGAUAGAUACUUCCCCUUUGGAUUUGUUCAGUUAUCUACAUAUCAGAAAAGCCAGCAAAAUGAUAAUUAUCCUGUCAUUAGAUGGCAUCAAACUGCUGAUUAUGGUUAUGCUCCUAAUCCAAAGAUGAAUAACACAUUUAUGGCUGUUGCAAUGGAUCUUGGGGAUGAUAACUCUCCAUAUGGAUGUGUUCACCCAAGAGACAAACAAACUGUUGCAUAUCGACUGUAUCUGGGAGCAAGAGCUAUUGCUUAUGGUGAAAAAAAUGUUCCCUUUCAGGGUCCAUUUCCAACCAAAUUUGAAAUAUUUUACAAAGAAUCAUAUAUAAACAUUACAUAUGAUCAGAAACUUCUAAUAACUCAUUUAAGUGACAGCAUUUUUGAGGUGCUUUGUGACUCAAAGGAUGAAACAGUGGGUGGCUGGUUUCCUGUGCCAGUAACAUCAGCAUGUUCUAACGUGGUCACUGUGUACUUUAAAGGCUGCUCACAAAUUUCAGGAAUACGCUAUGCAUGGGAGGACUGGCCCUGUGAAUACAAAAAGUGCCCUAUUUAUAGUAUUCAGAAAAAACUACCCGCUCCUCUCUUUGUAGAGUAUUUUAAGAAAUAAAAACCAGGGAUAUUAAAUACUGGCAAUGAUAAACUGUUUCAGAACAUUGUUUUUGAUACAAAUAAUUACUGUACAUUUAAAAAUACACCCGAUGAAUAGGCCUUGUGCUCAAAACAGACUUUUUGCAUAUUGUUUUAGUCAAAAGAAUCUAACUGAGGAGCAAAUAUGGAGUAGUUUCAAUAUUCUUGUUUAGAUCAAGAAAUAACAACAAGCAGAGAUUUACAACAAGCAAAAGAUAUGUUCAGCACAAGCUCUUCUAAAUUUCUUACACACAUACAGUAUUGUGCCUGGAGGCACAGUAUUACAUAGUGGAUGUAGGUAAUACAUUGUUUGUGAUUACUCCUUUUCCUUGGAGUAAGAGAGGCAUUAAUCCCUGACUAUUAGUGGAGUUGAAAGGAGUUAGGGUGAGAGAGGUUGUGCUUGUGUCAAUUAUAUCUAUGCAAAACCACUAUGUGACACUCCAAUAUAUUUUGAAACAAGUUGUGACACACCAAAGCCCUUGCACUGCAUAAAUAAAAUGUUUUAAAAUUUCUAAUAUUAUUCUCUGCACUAAAUGGGUGAUUAGACUUGGCAUCUAUAAACAGCAUAACCAUUCAUAAAUUUUUCUUUUCUGAAUUAAAAUGUGAUGUAAAAUUGUUGCAAAAUUGGUGCUUUAUUACAUGCAUUGAAUAUUUCAAUAGAAAAUUAUUACGCUUUGUAACAUAUGCACUGUUUGACAAAGAACAGAUUUCACACUGUAUAAUCAUAAUUAGAUAUUUAUAAAUCAGUGCCGUGCUUGAAGCAAGUGCCCCCCAGCUCAUACCCUAUGGAAAGGCAUAGAGAACAGGUACAGGUAAUGUGGUCUUUGUAGUGGAUAGAUUUAUGUAUUAUCAAUACUGAGUUCAUUGGGGGCCAGGAUAAGUGCAGAAGAUAGUAAGGGACAUAGGACAUAUGAUUUAGUGUAUAGUGUCUUGUUUUUCCCCACCAAAAAAGAGGACUGGAACAGGAACAAUCUCUGUUGGAAGGUACACUGACGCUCACCUCAAUAUUAACUUUUAGUAUGAUGCAGACAGCAAUAUUCAAAGGCAGUUUAAAGUUUAGUUUUUUUAAUUAUUUACUUUUGUUCCUGCUUGCUCUUAAGCUUGGAGAUUUAACUGCUAUGUGGUUGCUUGGAGUUCAUUUCCCUAGCUACCAGACAGCCAGCAGAAAGACAGAAUGGAAUAUGGAUUAGAGAGGGUCUGAACAGAAAGAUAAUCAAUAAAACAACCAUAACAAUAACAGUGAAGACUAAUAUUUGUCUUUUAUUUGCUAUGUUCAGUUUAUAGUAAAUUGAGUACAGAGACAUGGGGGGGAAUUCACAAAAGUGGUGAUAUUGAGACAAAAUAAAAGUGGAGAUAGAUUUGUCAGAUUUUCCACCUAAUUCAUAAAUCUCCACUUUUGUGAAUUCAUCUUUUAAACAGACAGUUUUCAGAUUUUGUCAUUUUCCUGACAUUUUUUUUAAUGAAUUUGCCUUUAGCUGUUAGUAAAUGUGUCGGUGCCAUCAAACUCAGUCCCACAGCUACAGGAGCCUUGGGGUAAGGGUUUUACCAACAGGAUUUUGUAUUUCAUAUGCUAUUUGUCAUUUCACAUUGGGAGCAUUUCCUGAGGGGUAAUUUUAGUUUGCCCAGGGAAACUAUACAUCAUUUUUUUCAGAACAAUCUGGGCUUUCUAAUGUUUUCUAUAUUUCUGUGUAAUUCCACUUCUGUAACAAGAUUUAAGGGUCUGAAUACCUUCUUCUCUAGCCCCUACUCAUUACUGGUCAGCAGCAAUCUGGGCCACACACCAACAUGCCAAGUAAAAUGAGGUCCAACAGGACUGGGAACCACCGGGUCUUUAUCGAGUGCCCUGUUGGGCCAGUCAAACCCUGUACCCCAAAAUCUAAGUUUGGGUGCCAGUGUGCAUGUGCUGUUUGCUAAUCACCAAGAUGGCGGCUGGGAACAGGUGGGGGACCAAUGCUGUCAGGCAGCUCUGUAGUUCUGGACACGCUAUGGGGGCACAGAUAAGUUGGGGCAAAUGUCAGUGAAGUGAUUAAAGAGGGGGCACUGCUGCUAAAACUAAAAAUUUGCCCGGGAGGCUUUACUUUUCCUUUCAAUAAAAAUGUUUACAAUAUAUUCACACAAAAUGUUAUUAUUGGCUCAUUGAUUAAGCUUAAAAUAGCAUAACAAUGCAGGUAAAAUCUUUUUAUAUAUAAGAUAUAAAUUAAACUUUUUUUUAAUCAGAGUUUUACUUGUUUAUAAAAUGUUAAUGAGGCUAUUUGUGCCUAUUGUUCUAUGGUUAGACAGAAACUUGUCCCCUAACAAUAGUCUGCUAAUCCCCAUUAAUAUGUUACUGAUCCCCCAAUGGGGCCUCUACCAGAGGUGUUAAUUGGAGAUUAGGUGAAACCAAACAAAACGGAAAGGUUUAGAAUUGAUCUAACAGAGUUACACUGAGCUUUACUCCAUUUUGAAAAUGUCAGAAAAAAUGUCGUUAAAACGACAUAUAAAUGUCAUUUUAACGACAAAUUCACAAAAGUGUCUGCAAACACAUAUAGUUUCUAUCAAAGAAAUAGUUUAUCCGUGAUGUGAUCAUUCACCCUUAAUGCCUGCUUGCAUACUGUUAAUUGUCAUGUUAACAUUUUGAAAAUAAAGAAAUUAAACAAAAGGUAA